GGCUUGUUGGUGUCAUGGCGUCAUCUAUGGUGAAUUUAUUUUUCAACGACAAAUAAUAAUACGCUCUUUCUCACCAGCAAUAAAAAGAAGCACAAGCCGGCCUGCUUCGAAUAGAUAAUAUCACAUCUCAUUAAUCGACAUGGGGACUGUCCACGCCAGGAGCUUGGAUCCUCUUCCCAUGAGUGGACCUGAUUUUGUGGUUCACGGAGAUGAUGCAGAACUGAUAGGAGUGGAACCUGAAGCUAAACAUGAAGUUCUAGAAAAUAAAGACGUGGUAGUCCAGCAUGUUCAUAUCGACGGGCUGGGCAGAACGAAAGAUGACCUCCUUGGGUAUGAAAUAGCUGAGGUCUUUACAGCUACAAAUCUUAUUGAUGUUAUGAAGAAGUCCCAUGAAGCUCGGGAGAAACUGAUGCGCUUGGGGAUUUUCAGACAAGUAGAAGUUGUGAUUGACACCUCCGAUGGAGAAGAUGCAUUGUCUAAUGGUGUAGAUGUAACAUUCGAAGUAGCUGAAUUAAGGAGACUAACUGGAAGCUACAAUACAAUGGUUGGCAACAAUGAAGGGAGUAUGGUUCUGGGCCUUAAGUUGCCCAAUGUGUUAGGCCGCGCAGAGAAGCUCACCUUUCAGUUCUCCUAUGGUACCAAAGAAACCUCCUACGGACUGUCAUUCUUCAAGCCUCAACCAGGACACUUUGACCGAAAUUUAUCCAUUAACAUGUAUAAAGUAAGUGGACAGUUUCCAUGGAGCUCACUUCGAGAGACUGACAGAGGAGUCUCCACUGAAAUUAAUUUCCCCAUUUGGAAGACCAGUCACACCUUAAAGUGGGAGGGCGUGUGGAGAGAGCUGGGCUGUCUGGCUCGGACUUCAUCCUUUGCUGUUAGAGAAGAAAGUGGACAUUCAAUCAAAUCCUCUAUCUCGCACGCCAUGGUCAUUGACACACGGAAUUCUGCCAUCCUGCCCAGACAAGGUGCCUUACUGAAAAUGAACCAGGAGCUAGCAGGCUACACUGGAGGUGAUGCAAGCUUCCUGAAAGAGGAUUUUGAGAUCCAGCUAAACAAACGUCUUUGCUGGGACUCGGUUCUGUCGACAUCCCUUUGGGGUGGUUUGUUGGUACCUAUUGGAGACCAGCCAUCCUGCAUUGCUGACAGGUUUUAUUUGGGAGGUCCAACCAGUGUCAGAGGUUUCAGCAUGUACAGCAUUGGACCUCAGAGUGAAGGUGACUACCUUGGUGGUGAAGCUUUCUGGGCUGGUGGCAUGCAUCUCUACACACCCCUCCCUUUCCGCCCAGGCCGCGGGGGCUUUGGAGAUGUUUUCAGAACCCACUUCUUUCUCAACGCAGGGAAUCUGUGCAGUCUCAACUAUGGUGAGGGUCCACGAGCUCAUCUCCAGAAACUGGCAGAAUGCAUCCGCUGGUCCUAUGGUGCAGGAAUAGUACUGAGACUGGGCAAUAUAGCAAAACUGGAGUUAAAUUAUUGUAUUCCUAUGGGAGUGCAGAGUGGAGACAGGAUAUGUGAUGGUGUCCAGUUUGGUGCCGGGAUCCGGUUUCUGUGACAGAGUAUACCUGAGAAUCAAGCACUUAAUGUGAAGUGUGUACUCUUUUUAAAUUAUUCUGUCAGUGAAAUCCAUCACUGAUGCUCAUGAUAACCCAAAUCACCUGUUCUGUCCUAGAAUAAAUGCUAUUGUGCUCGAUUUUGAAAAAUA